AUAUCUCAUUUUAAAAGCUUGUACCGGUAUCAAGUUUGAUUCGGGUGAUGAUACAGUUGUAUUUUAGUGUUAAGAACAGUUGUACAAAUUGAAGGUUGAAGUAACUUAGUGGUAGUGGUUUUAAUGCCAAUUUUGUUGCACUUUUUUCGUAUUUCAGAAGAUUGGUUCUGGCGAGACAUCGCUUCAGACGAGCCCCAUCCCUGGCCUUCUCUGUUAAAUGAUUGUGUUGAUGCGCUUUCCCCGCUAAUCAGCCCCCACCUUCCGGGUAUGUUCCGGCUCCACCUCACCCGGCUACGUAUGCAGUACAAACACCCUACGGGAUGUUCCCUGGACAGGCCCAACUGUACGCGGCAGCCCAGGGCCCACCUCCAACCUACGACCAGGCAUUGGCUCACCCGGCCAUAGUGGGCCACCAGCAGAUGUACGGGGCUCCAGCAGCCGCGGCCGCAGCCGCUGCAGCAGCAGCAGCUUCCAUGUAUGCUUCACAGGGCUACUCCCAAUAUCUGGGGUAUCCAACGGCUGCCGCGUACAGCCCGAUGCAAUAUUAUCCGCUGGCGUACUCUUACCCCCAGGCUCAACUGAGGCCCACGAUUGUCGUUCCUAGCGGCUAUGAUGGAGGAGCCCGAUUUGAUGGGAUCGCACAGCCUGUGAUUCCCCCCACCCCCCCUGGUGUUCCUCCCACUGCUGCUCAGCUGGCUGCUAUGGCUGGUCAUAAUGUAGCUCUUUCACAGAAGAAAGGGACUUACUUGAGCGGUAGCAGCGAUGGAGGCUACACGUUCUGGUAGUCUGACAAACAUUCAGAACAGUUGCUACUCGGUGACGAAUCCACUGAGCGCCUAUCCACGGAGAUGAAAUUAACAUAAUAAAUAACAUAAAACAUUGGAGUAAUAAGUUACCCAUUAUAUUUCUGCCCCUAUAAGUGUAGGCAAUAUUAUUGUAAUUCUCGUUCGUUGUCAGUUUGUUUAAUUUUGUCUUUUGUUAAGUAACAAACUGAAUUCUGUUAAUACAAUUGUUCCAUUCUUAUCUCCGUGCGAUACAUACCUUAUGUUACUCGAUAACUUUGAUAUUGUUAGCUGUUUCUUUCAUUGUUAAUUUUAUUUAUUAUGAUUCACAUGUUUAUUCCUUGAGGUACACUAGGUCCAGUGUUUUGAUCUCAGUUCAGAUCAUUGUUUCUAAUUAUUGUACCUAAGAAUAGUUACUUUUCCUCUAUGUGAUUUUUGUAGACGUUGUGUAUAAGACAGUUAGUGCUUACGUAUUAGUUUGUUUACUACGGUUAGUGCAAUUAAUUGUUAAUUUGUUCUUGUAUUGCCAUAAUCAUUUUCAAUUCUUGAUCAAUUAAGGGUUCAAUUCCAAAACUGAGGCCCUAAGUCGAGUUCCUUAUCAUGUGGCUCAUUCAGUAAUAAUCAAUGUCAUUUCCUUGUUUUGAAGACUUUCCUUAAUAAAAUUUUUAUUAUUUUAUAUUAGUCUUUUGAAACCUUAAAAGACUGAACCUCGCUUUUUCAUUAGUUUAAAUACUUUACUUUCUUGCCACCGAAUAUUAAAAUUAUAGAUUUUAGCUCAAAACAGUCUGAUUUUUAUUUCAGAUCCCAGUAAAUUAAAAAAAAAAAAUCAUUUUACCAUCAGUAAUGAAAUAUUCUGUGAAUAUUCAAUAAACUGAAGAUUCAAGGUAAUAAGUGGGGCAAAUUUACUGUAACUCAAUAGUGCUAGUAAUUGUCCUGUACAAUAGCCCAAUUUAGUAUAUCUAAAUCUUGACAUAAAAUUGUCUUACUUAAAUCUGUAGCUAAAAUGAUCACCAUAGAUGGAGUGGUCUACAACUUCUGUUCAGUUUUUUCUUACACAUUAGACAACAUGUUUGAUGAUUUGAUUUUCUGAAGACAAUUUGGUUUCUUCGGAUUUCUUACUAUACCCUUAUCUCUCAAUUUAUUUUAUAUCAUUAACCAUACUUUAAAAAAUUGUAUUACUUAGCGACAAUCAAAAAUUUCUUGAAAAAAUAAGUUUAUUAUAGACAAAUACUUUGAUCAAAAUAUUGCGAAUCUUUUUUUCUUUCUGAUUAUUUCAGAUAUUUUCUCUUGAUGAUAAGUUGAAAUAUAUUUCGUAAUCAACUGUUGACUGUCAAUACUUAGUAGGCAAUGUUUUAUGUAUUAUCUUAAUGUUUUAUCCUGAUUCUUGACUUAAACUUUAUUGACGGUUCAUAUUAGAAUUUAAGCCUAGUUUUUCUUAUAUGACUAAUAUCAUUGUCACAACUUGGAGUAGUUUAUGUCUAUUAUUUAUCAUUCUGACAGGAGUAGACAAAUGUUUUCAUAUUGAUAUUUAAGGCUUCCAAAUCAUUACUUUAAAGUUUACUCGAUUUACUGAAACACAAAGCACAAUUGUUAUUGUUUGAAAGACAGAUUACGUAAAUUAAGGGUGUAGCAUAGAGCACAAGGGCCUAGAUUUUUUAGGAUUUUUUGAGAGGAUAGCAGGCUUACCUGAAUGGGAAAGAGUCCAAACUGGCACAGGAACACAAAACUUUACACUAUAUACACAAAACAUUAGAUCACCUUAUUAAUACACAUUUGAAUCACUUUUGCCGUUUUUGGGUCCAAUCCAUAUGGAGGGAUACCAUUCAGCAUGCAGUAGAGGUACCGGUACAUGGCCCUGGGAUCAACUCCUCCACAUUCCUCCACUGAUGGCAGAUCUCCAUAUUCAGCAAUUAUCAAGAAAUAAUCUAAAAAAGCCUUCAUAUCACUUCCUUCUGAUUUACUUUUAUUUUUACUGACAUUUUCAAUCCAUUCAUCGAGGUUCUUAAUCUUCUCUUUAUCGUAAUUUAAAUUAUCGUUGUCUGAUGAAAGUUAAUUUUUAAUUUUUUUUACAGCAAUUGCUUUCCACAUAUUUAUCUGCCGUUUAAUAUCCUGCUCCCUCUUGUGAGGCAGAUAUCGUUUUAAACUGUCAAUAUCAUCGAUGCCACAUUCAAGGCAUCCAGCCAAAAACAAUCGCUUGUCUCUUCUGACCAUUUGUAGCUGUUGUCUUCGGAACUUUCAAACUCAAACGUAUUUGGAACUGUUUGAAUCCUUUGGCUUCCCCUUGUUGGCUGCACUUGGACUGACGGGACAUUUCUUUUACUUGUUGACUGUGAAUCUGGUUGUUUUCAGCAGUAAACCAUACAACUCCUUCAGAUGGAUUUGAAGUUGAAGGUCUGGCUAUAGAGAAUUGUUGAAGACCAGACAGGAGUGAUCUGCACUCGUUCACUUUGUUACUUAGAUUGAGACUGUCAUGAAAAACUUCUUCAAUCAAAUCUUGUUCGAUUCGAUUGUAGAAGUUGUUGAUGACAGUCUCAAUCUAAGUAACGAAGUGAACAAGUGCAGAUCACUCCCGUCUGGUCUUUAACAAUUGUCUAUAGCCAGACCUUCAACUUCAAAUCCAUCUGAAGGAGUUGUAUGGUUUACUGCUGAAAAACAACCAGAUUCACAGUCAACAAGUAAAAGAAAUGUCCCGUCAGUCCAAGUGCAGCCAACAAGGGGAAGCCAAAGGAUUCAAACAGUUCCAAAUACGUUUGGGUUUGAAAGUUCCGAAGACAACAGCUACAAAUGGUCAGAAAGAGACAAGCGAUUGUUUUUGGCUGGAUGCCUUGAAUGUGGCAUCGAUGAUAUUGACAGUUUGAAACGAUAACUGCCUCACAAGAGGGAGCAGGAUAUUAAACGGCAGAUAAAUAUGUGGAAAGCAAUUCGGUACCUCUACUGCAUGCUGAAUGGUAUCCCUCCAUAUGGAUUGGACCCAAAAACGGCAAAAGUGAUUCAAAUGUGUAUUAAUAAGGUGAUCUAAUGUUUUGUGUAUACAGUGUAAAGUUUUGUGUUCCUGUGCCAGUUUGGACUCUUUCCCAUUCAGGUAAGCCUGCUAUCCUCUCAAAAAAUCCUAAAAAAGAUUACGUAAAUUGUUAAAUUGAAUGUAAAGUAAAAUACAAGUAAUUCAAAAAACAUUAGGCAAAACCUGUAAGGAUUUAUUAUAUGCACAAAGUCUAUAAUAAACUGUUUAUAUUCCAAA